AUGGAGCUGGCAGGCCUCAAAAAGGCCUUGAUCUUCUUGGACUCCCAUGGCGUGACGGUGAAGCUCCUCGUCACGGACCGCCACGUGCAAGCAAAGGCAUUUAUGAGGAAAGAGAUGCCUCACAUCGUCCAUGAGUUUGACGUCUGGCACGUGGGAAAAGGGGUGAAGAAAGAGCUUCUUGCCGCUUCAAAGACUGCAAUCUAUGCUGAGCUGGCGCUGUGGAGGAGGUCUGUGGAGAACCACCUGUAUUGGGUGGCAGCCUCAAGUGAGGGGGACCCCAGGAUGAUCGUCCCCAAGUGGUUGUCCAUCCUGAACCAUGUACGGGACAUCCACGUACACAGUAAUCCUCUGUACCCAGCGUGUGCUCAUGGAGAGCUGGAGCCUAGGGAGUGGCUUGAUGAUGACUCACCAACGUUCGAGAAGCUUGCUGCAAUCAUCACCAAAAGGCAUCUUCUAGCAGACCUGCCACAGCUCUCAACCCGCUUCCAAACUUACUCGCUGGAGGCAUUCCAUGGGCUGCUUAUUCACUACUGUCCGAAGUCCUGCCAGUACUCAAACAAGGGAAUGAAAGCAAGGACCAUGCUGGCAGUGCUUCAUUUCAACGAGAACAGGAACAGAGCACAGGCAGUCACAAAAGAGGGCGUGGAGCGCUUUAGGGUGAAGCACCCGAAGGCAAAUGGAGGAGAACCAGUAGCAGUACCGGAGAAGGAGGGGCCUACCUAUGGCUACAUAGCAAGGCUCCUUGAGGCAGUCCAGGAGGGGAUGCAGAACAAGGCACUCCGUGCCUGUGUUGCCAUGACUGCUGACGACCCACCGCCGCUCAGCAACUCUGCAAGGAAGAUUUCAAAGGUGGAGCUGGUCCAAAAGCACAAGACAAGGUUUAACAGAUAAGUACCCAUCUCGGACAAACACUGGAAGAUUUUUGCCGGUGUGGCUGCGGUGUCUGGGUUCCACAAGAUGGGGGGACUCCCUCCUACAGGCCCACAUUCCUCUGCGACCUCUCCUGCCUCCUGAUGGCGUGCUCCAAGUCUCAUCAUGUGCACCCAGCUAACUUCAGGA